GAAACAUUUUAAUGUCUAAAAACCUUUUGCAAUUCGACAAAAAACCAACUGGACUUUUAAGUAAUUUAAUUUGUCACACUAAGUGAAGCCAUGCCACACACACGACGGGUUCAUUUGUGGGAGUUGUUAGAAAGUUCAGUUUCGAUUUCUGCAAAGUGAACUGUGGGAGAAAGCGAAACCGAUGUGCUGCCGGCUGGCAUGGAGAGCUUGUCAAACAUGUACCGUCGCGCUCGACGCAAGGUCUCCAACUUUUUCGACCUGUGUUGUGUUUUCCUCAGGUGGUUAUUUCAACCUCUGCCUCCACUGUGGAACAGGAUUUUGCGGAUACCGGGUAUCGAGUUCCUCUGCAGACGAGCUCGAUUGUGGUGCGCAAGAGUCCAAAACCUCACCGCGUUGACUUGGCGAGGCAGCAGAAAUGAGCCGAGUGAGAGCAACCAGUCGAGGAGCAGGUAUUCUUCGGAUGAGGAGGAGGGGAGCAGGGGGGGUCCCUACAGUAGGGCUCCAAACUGCGAGGCCCCCGAAACACUGAACAAGCCUCCAGAGGUUAAGGUAGAGGGUGAGUUCACCGGAAAUGAAUAUCGAGUCGACGAAACGGAUGAUUUCUACUGCGAAUAUGAUUCAACUUGGGAACAUGAGCCUGAGAAUGAGGGGCCCCCAAGAAAUAAGGCCUACCAGACUAGAAGGAACAGAGCUUACAAGUUCAUCAGGUUUGAAAAUGCUGCAAAAGACAUGCAGAACUACAGGCAUGACUACCCAAACCUUCACCGGACACGACGCUAUGAGGAAGAAAAUGAUGAAAACCCCAAUCUGAGCUUCUACCUCGGGGAAACACCAUCUUUACCAGACGGGAUCUACAUUGGUCAGUUCCACAAUGACUGGAAAGGAAAGUAUGCCAAACUGGAGCGCACGCACAGCUAUAUUCAGUGGCUGUUUCCUCUGCAGGAACCCGGGGUAAACUAUGAAGCAAAAACACUAACAAAGCAGGAAAUUCAGGAUUUUCUUGGUAAUACAACUGCAAGGGAGAAUCUACUGAAGUCUUACAAGCUCAUGUUGGAUUUUUAUGGCAUUAAGUUAGAAAAUGAGGAAACAGGAGAGGUAGCGAGAGCAGAGCACUGGAUUGACAGGUUCCAGAAUCUAAACAAUCACACACACAACAACUUGCGCAUCACCCGCAUCCUGAAGUGCCUGGGAACUCUUGGUUACCGUCACUACCAAGUCCCUCUGGUUCGGUUCUUCCUGGAAGAGACUCUGGUCAAACGUGAACUUCAGGAGGUCAAAGACAGCGCCCUGAGCUACUUCGUGUUUGCUGUUCUCGAUAAGCAAGAACGCAGGAAGCUUCUCAAGUUCGCCUACGAUCACUACGACCACCACGACGACAGAGAACCGUUUGUGUGGUGCCCGAAGAAAAUCCAGGACGCAUGGUCAAGAGCUCGGCAGCAACAGGACCAGUUUAAUUUAGAAGGGAAUGGCUGGUAGUAAGAAAAAAAAUGUAAUGCACAACCUGUUAAAGCACUUGUUGAAAAGAUUGAUGUCUGUGAAGUAUUGGAGUUUAGAGUUUAUUAAUCUCCACUGUAAAGUGAAGAUUGAGUUGAAGGCAGUUUUUGUUGAUGUUUAACACCUAUUACUCAUGUUUGCAGUUUUUCCAGUUGUUUACUUAUUCUUACUGCUCUUAUGCACUGAAUGUGUGUUUUGCACUAAGUGGCUUCAAUAACUCAGACAAAUAAAGUACUUUACAGUAGUUAAGCAAAAAGGUGGGCAUAAACUGGAUUUUUGUUUUUAAAUAUAUCUAUCGUUUCUUGGUUUGAUUUUCAGAAUUGAAAUGUCUACAGUUCUUGAAUCGUAAUUCACACCUUUUCUUCAUUAAAACAAUAAAAUUGUACU